AUGAAGACCUCGUCCUCUUUAGUGGUAGCUGUCGCUAUCUUAUGUUCUGUUAUUUCGGCACAAAGCAUAGUGACAUCUACCUUAAGCCCCGCUACAACCACCGUUGUUUCCUUCUCUACUCCAUCUCUCUUCUCUAGCGAAGUGGUUCAAUUGACUGAAGGUGUCCUCGAUACUGUUGCUUCUUCCAUCAGCAAUGCAUCUAUCUCAGAUCUUUUCGCCUUCGGUACUGAUGCUGAUGCUGAUGCUGAUGCUGCUGUCGCGAAGAGAACAACUAGGGCUUGUAAACUUCUCCCUGGCGAUGCUUUGUGGCCCAUCACUUUGAUUUGGGAUAUUCUCGAUAUCCUUCUUGGUGGUUCUUUAAUCAAGACUACUCCUUUGGCUGCGGUCUGUUACCCGGACUGGCCAGAAUAUGAUGUAACCAAAUGUGCAUCCAUCACAGCAGACUGGUAUUUUUCAGAAUUACACGAGGCCGACCCAACUUCAAUUCAACUACCUCUCUAUCAGGGUCGUAGUUGUAUGCCUCCUGGAUUUAACUACACGAACACCUGUGAGCAGGGUGGUUACCCCACUUACGCUGUUAAUGUCUCAAACGUGGCACAAAUCCAACUCGCGGUCAAUUUCGCACGAAAUCUUGACCUUCACCUUGUGAUCAAGAAUACUGGUCACGACUUUAACGGUAAAGCAUCUGGCAAGGGUGGACUGACUGUGUGGACUCAUUAUCUCACUGAUAAAGCUUAUUACCCCAAAUUUGCGGCUACCAAUGGUUAUACUGGACCUGCUAUCAAGGUUGGUUCCGGUAUCCUAGUACACCAGGCAUACGAGUAUGCCAAGAGCCUAGGAGGAACUGUGAUUGGUGGUGAAGCCCUCGCCGUAGGAAUGGGUGGUGGUUAUAUUGCCGGUGGUGGUCACUCACCUUUGAGCAGUCUGUACGGUAUGGGAGCCGACCAAGUCUUGGCUAUGGAAGUUGUCCUUGCCAGUGGCAAAUUUAUUACUUGUGACUCCAAAACCAAUUCCGACGUUUUCUGGAUGCUCCGAGGCGGUGGUGGUAGCACCAUCGGUGUCGUAACAUCUCUUACCGUCAAAUUACUUCCCAAACUCGAAACCACAACUGUUACCUUCAACUUUACCCUUGCAGACACACCUGGCACAGACGCCUUCUGGGGAGGUGUCCAGGCUUAUAUCGAUAACGCUCAAACCUUUGUUGAUGCUGGUUCCUACGGAUAUUAUUAUCUUGGAGCCAGCGCUGCCGAAAUCGGAACCGAUUAUGCUGGUAGCACUGAUUAUUAUUUCCGCAUGGAAUCUUUCGUCGCACCAAAUAUGACAGUCGUUGAGACUCAAACACUCCUCAAGCCUUGGUUUGAUGUUCUGGAAAAUCUCAACAUCACAUAUACUCCUUGGUACAACCAUGCCGAUAAUUUCCACGAUGCCUGGGCUCCUUCUUUCCCUGAAGAAUAUGUUGGGACCGACGUUGUCAAGACUGCUUCCCGUCUCAUGCCCCGUUCUGUCUUUAUUGACGAUGAUCUCCGCAAUCAAACUUUCGCUGCCCACAGAGCUGCCGUCGAGCAAGGUUUCUUCAUCGCCGGUUUCCAUGUCUCCGGAACCGGUAUUGCCGUUGAUCCCCCAACUGAUUCUGCUGUUCUCCCCGCUUGGCGUUCUACCACAAUGCACGUCAUUGUCGGCGUUGAAUUCACCGCUUCCAGUACUUGGGCCGAAAUCGAGACUGCUUCUAAUUCCGUUACAUCUUAUAUGGAUGUUUUCCGUAACAUUGCCCCUGAUUCGGGUGCCUACAUGUCCGAAGCUGAUCUCAUUGAGCCUAAUCAAACAGUUGCUUUCUACGGUGUCAAUUAUGAUAAGCUGUAUGCGAUGAAGCAGGAAUAUGAUCCUACUGGCAUGUUCUUUGCCCUCACAGCUAUUGGGUCAGUGGAUUGGGAAAUCCAGACCACUGAUGAUCUUCCUUAUAGUUGGAAUACGAACGGUAGACGUUGCCCAGUUUGA